UUUCGCGACGAGCGAGGAGGCGACGACGUAUAAUCUCAUUUCGGGGGCAAAAAAGCUUGGGCAAGCGUUCGUAGGCGAAACGAAAUUGCGAAAAAUAUAUAAACUCGCAUAGUGAAGAUUGGAAAAAGUGAUAAUGUACAAAGAAUAAUAAAUCGUAUUGAGCGAGGAGAGCAACGAGGCUGGAAUUUGAGGAUGGAUCGUCAAAUACCGACAGAAUUCCGGCCUCUUCGCAAUGGAAUUUUUGCCAAGGGACGUCGAGACGGUUCGAUAUCUUCAUCCGUUCCCCCCUCGAAGCGACCGAAGAUACGAAAUCGAGGUUCCGGCGAUCGUUGGGGUGCAUUUAAAUAACGAAAGUUUAAAGAUCUCAAGUCAAAAGAAAUAGAGAUUCGAAGAAAAAUAAUAAUAAUAAAAAAAGAUAAAAGAAAAGCUAAACUAGAGAUAAUUAAAAAAAUAGAGAGAAAGAAAAAAGCCCCCCAACAGACUCAAGCGAAUCAAUCAGCGCUACACCGGUGAGUUCCAACACAAAAUAUUGCUUGGUAGCAAUCUGGACACUCAAAGCCAAUUUAAACAAUGUCUGUACAAAGUGUUGCUCUGGCAUCUCUCACGGCGACCUAUACCGACUCGGAGGGCGAUGACGGACCGGAUGACGAGCAACAUCAUCAUCAUCGCGAAGAAGAACGAACGCAGGGCCGUCGCCGCGAGUCGUCCGACGUUUCGCAGGUUGACGAUAGCCAAAAUUCGAAUGUCACGUCGCACCAGCGUAGUAACGCGUUGGACAGUCCGUUGUUCGGCCGUUCAGCGACGAACAGUCCCGACGACGAGAGCGUUGUCCUGGGGCACGGGGGGAGCGAGGGCUACAAUUCCCAUACUAAUAACAGAGCCCCGACGAAAAAUUCCCAAAACGCCCCGACCUUAGUAACGGACGUAACGUCCAAGGUUCAACGUUUGGUUUCAUAUUUUGACGAUACAGUUGUCUCCGACGACGAGACGGGGACUGCUACGGCGUUUGACGAUAAUAAUCAUCAUUCUCAUCAGCAACAAAGCAAUUAUGGAAGAGAGCCGACAUCGAUAUCUCGAAAAAACAACAACGCCGUAGCCCAGUCCCCUAAACGUCAAGGAGAAUUAGUUUCAGAUUGCGAGGAGGACGUUUGGGGGGUGACGAUACCGCCCGAGCCCGCGGGCCAAUGUCCCGCAGAGUUGCAGGACAAAAUAUCAAACCUUUAUAAAAAAAUGGAGUCUGGUCUAGACAUGAAUUUGCAUAUACAACAACGCAAAGAAUUUCGUAAUCCAUCGAUUUAUGAAAAGUUGAUUCAGUUUUGUAGCAUCAACGAGAUGGGCACCAAUUAUCCACCCGAUCGUUUCGACCCCUUCAAAUGGGGCAAGGAUUCUUACUACGAGGAACUCGCCCGCGUACAAAAAAACGAAAUGGACAAACUGGAAAAAGCCAGGAAGGAAAAAACCAAAAUCGAAAUUGUUACCGGCACCGCCAAGCGACCGGCCAGCAUCAACUCGGCCAACCUCGCCGAAGACGACGCCAAACGAAGGAAAAGCAAAUGGGAUCAAGUCGCAACCGGUACAACCACCACCGUUAAAUCGAACCUCGUUAUGUCCCAGCCCACCCUCACCACACUCACCUCAUCGGCUACUGGUACUAAAGCGACGGUUAUAUCGGCCUUCGGUUCGUUACCAAAGAAAAGACUGUAACAUAUGUUGUAAAUCAAAUGUACAUAUUAGUUUCCGCCUAUUUUUUUUUUUUUUUUUUAAGCUCCGACCCCUUUUCGUGAUCGAAACUUUGGAAUAAGUCAAACUGAGCUAAACAUCCGAAAGCCACUGCUCCGCGAUCCGUCGGUUCAGUUAUUUUUUCUCGGUACUUUACAACUCCAAUUUUCCUCCAGAUUGAUCGAGCGAAAUACAAUUUUUCGAAAAAUCCUCGAAUUUCUGGCUUUUUCCCAUCUCUAUAACGGAGCACGAAAUCUUUUUCGGUCUCUCGUCCUCCUCAAAACUCCGGGCUCGAAUGAAUACUGUAAAAAGACAUUCCAUUGAAUCAUCGUUUGUUUAUCGCAGCACGGAAUACGGAAAAAAUGACUUCGAAUCCGGCUUUUUGCACAGUCGUGGCUUUCGGAACUCCCGUCGUACACACUCGUUUUAAUGUACCGCACAACGCCAAGAGCUCCGUUCUCCAAUCGUCAAAAAUCUAAUCACACAUUGUAAAAACAAAAUCUCACGAACCAAUUUGACGGCUGAAAAUUGUACAUACAAAUAUAUAUUUCGAACGAAAUAUUGGCCUUAGCGUUUUUCGUGGUCUUCGAUCGACCCACUUUCUAACUGAUAAACGAGCGAAUAAUUUUUAUCACUAUCGUUAUUCGUCGAUUCAUUGUUUUCUCCUCUUUCGACACUGAUUAGUCAUAAGCUGUAAAUAUUGGCAACGAGCCAAACUUGGGCGAGCAGUUGAGCAUCUUGAGAUGUUGUAUUUAUUAGUCAAUUCGAAUUUCUUAGGUGAAUUGUUUAUUGAAAAACGCUUUUCAAUCGAAUCUUUUCAUUAUUUUGUCUUCGAUAACUUAUUUUCUCUUUUUUUUUUUCCCCCCCAUUGAAACGUUAAAAAGUUAUGAAACGCUGGAAAAAGGAAUCGCGUAGCUCCCGAUGGCCCUCAAUUUUCAGCCGUGAAAUUGGUCGCGAUAAAAGCAGCGUCGAAAAUCUGAUUCUUUUGACUUUUUUGUUUGUUUUGAAAUUGCAACACAAAUGUUUUCGACCCCGAAGUGGGGCGACAAAUGAUUUCAUACAUUUGGUCAAUCGCAGAUAUUCGUGGGCGUUACACACUUUAAUGGAAAUGAUUUUCACGUCCGUUCUUAGCAAACUUUGAAUAACAAAUGAAAAAGAAAAACGAAUUUCCAAUAACAAAUAUGAUGCCUUCAGAAUGAUUCUUUUGGGAUUAAAGCUGUCGAAGAAUGUCGAAAAAUCGUUGCCCGAACCGUAUCCGUAUUAACUAGACUAGCGAACUUCUUUAUCACGAAAAAAUUCUAUUUUUGCAAAAAUGAGAGAGAGACGCGUGAAAAGAAGAAAAAUAAAUGAACGCCGCUUCGAAACGAAGUACGAAAAUAACAAACUGAGCGAAAUUAUCGAAGGAACAAAGUACUUUUUACCUUAAGAAACAUCACCGUAAACUGCCGUAACUAAUAAAUGUAGCGAAAGAUCUCCGCGGCUAAACGUCGCGUAACUUUAUCUGAUAAUAAUUAAAAUUUCACACAAACGCGAUAUGGAAUAAGACGAAAAUAGGAGAUUCGACAAUCGCGUUUGUGAAGCUAACAUCGGUUACAAAGUCUGCAAACCUAAACGCGUUUAAGAAAACUUUUCGAGCUUGUUUGUUACGGGGAAUAAUGAUUUGUUGCUGAAUCAUCGAAUGUUUUGAGUAAUUAUUUAAUAUUCCUACUUGCCAGUGGUCAAAAAUAAAACGAAUCAAGAAAACUCGAAAUAUUUGGUAGUUUUGGCUCAAUUCUCAGCUGGCGAACAAAAUUUUUGGCACGAACUUCAAGAGGGAAGUGAAUUUUAUAACUUUCAUGCUUUUUCAAGAGAUGAAAUCGAUCUGCGAGAGGUUUCAAUUGAAUUACUCCGGAUUUUCGACCACCCGAAUAGAGCCUGAGCUUUUAUUUUCAAAAAAAAUGAUGCAAAUCGAAAUUUUGAGUAAACAAAAAAUCAUAAUUAGGGUUGAAAAUGUGGAAAGGCUUUGAGAGAAAUUUUUGGUUGUUGAAAAAUAAAUUCAAUGUUUUUUCCAUCACCACGACGCUGCAUAUGUCAAAUGUAAAAAAUUUUCAUCUCAAAUCCGUGUCCAGAGAGGUUAAAAUGAAUUGUGAGAGCGCCAUAUGGCCUCAAAGUCCACGGGGACGCGUUGCUUUUUCGCGCCAUAUGGCCUCGGCAUCGCCGAAAGGGUUGAAAGCUGACGUUCCUGUGCGUCGAAAGUCCGGAUGAAAUUUUCUUGGGACAUUAAUCGAAUUGAAUUCGGUGAAGAAUCGAAAAAUUUUUAAUGCUUAAGGCUCCGAGUUGCGCUGAUGGAAUAUUUUCCCCCAUUGACGUUCUUACCUUCUGCACAGCAUUUUUUUCACAAUUGCUCUUGACACAGAUCUUUUUUUUAUUAUAUUUGUGGAAUCAAUUAUAGAAACGACUAUUAAUGCAGAGAUUGAUUAAUGGCCGAGACUUUUAGGGCAUGAAAACUGUUCCGAUCAAUGCGACUACUGGGAUAAUGAAUGCGAAUCUCGAAUGCUCGAUUUGAAAUCGUUCGAAAAAUGAGUCGUCAUCUUGCUGAGCAAAAUUUUUGCCCUUCGAAAUGAGUCGUUUCGCUGGAGGUCAUUUCAUUUCUGUUGAAAAAUUGUUUUGAAAAAAGUUCAACGAAAAAUCAUGGAUUCCAGCUCGAGAAUAUUUUGCUUUACUCUCGCAUUAGAGUUGUCAUUUAAUAAAUUAAUUUCAUCAAAACUUCUCGUAUCCUGAACGUUGAAAAAAACAUUGUUGAAGUUUCAAGAAAAAUGUAGCAGAAAGAGAAUCGUCUGUGAAACUUGUCGUCAGAUUAUUCUUAGAAAUGUCAAAUGUAAGAAUCCAGAACGAAUCGAAUUCCGGACUGAAGGACGUUCAGCAUUGAUUUACAAAUAUGUUGAAGAGGUUUGAAUCGAAUGUUCCCCUCGCCACAUUGACCAGUACAAAGAUAAGCUGGCGAGUGUCCAAGCUCAGGAGCAUCAACAGGAAAUGCCCAGGGAUACAAAAAAAAUCGAAGAAUUUCGUUACAAUACGAUUCGAGGGUUUAGUUAUUUAUAAUUUAUUUAAUAGUAAGAAGUUUGAAUAUGUUGAAACUGAAAAUGUUACGAAUUGUACCGAAGCCAUCGUAAUGCACGACUGUUCGGCUUGUGUUGCACAGUGUGUGCGAGUUGAAUAUAUUCACCGCGGCGUUUAGGGCGUAAUUUUAGAUGGAGCAAUCGAUAAAAGGUGUUAGAAAAAAUAAAUGAAAAUCUAUAUAUUUUAGGAGAAGAAUAAAAAGGGUAAGAAAUUCUUACGAAGGCAUUUAAAGGGCCUGACAUUGAUACGGGGUAGAGUCUCAAGCAGCCUUUAGGAGGGUAUACAUGUAUAUUUUAAAUGAGAAUAACGAAGAGUGUGAAGAAAAUCAAGUACUGAGAAAGGAUAAAAUGUCAGACGAAUAAAUAUAUAUAUAUAUAUUAUUAUAAACAUUAAGUGAUAUUCGUUGUGCUGGGAAAUGCUUCUCGAAACAUUUUUCCAUAAAGUUUUAGAUGUACGUGUAUGAAAUUUUCUCGUGUAUACCUUUCAUUCAUUUUUUAAGAGGAAAAUGAAGAAAAAACGAAAAAUAAGAAAACAAACAGGAACAAAAUAAGAUGAAAAAACGACCGAUGGGCUAUUGUGUAAAUAAAGUAUUUUCAAAUAAA